GUUGCCUGGCCCUUGUCUUCUGUUGUUACAUUUGGUGUCGCUGCCUACCGACAAAUGAAAAGCCUAUACCCUGCAGUUUUUGAUGGAGACAUAUGGAUCUUCGGGCAGGACUUCAAGGCUUCUGCGCAGUUGAGUGGCGUUCAAGAUCUGUCAGCGAUGGAGCUGCUACUUGAGACGCUGCUGGGAGGUCGGGCGAAAGCAGCAUAUGAAGGUGUGGGCCGAAGUAUGGACGAAUGUUCGACAGGGUCAGGCAAACAGUUUCCAAAGUGGGAAGGACCAUAUAUGGUCACUUCGAGAUGGGGUUACGCAGACACAGUCACAAUGGCGAACAAUGAGAGGCGCGUGAACGUCAGCGAGCUCCAGAAAUGGAUACAGCGAGACAAGCCAACGAUGACGCCUGCACCAAGUAGAUCAAGCCGACUUCAGUCGCACGUAUUUGACGGGGGGACGAGUGUGGUGAGAGCAGGCGGCUAGCCGAUUGGUUGGCACUAAUCUACGUUAAGGUCUAGGUCACUAAUAUGGGCCGUGAGAAAAUAUGAACAAGCCUGAGUCAACAACCAAUCACAGCAAAGUUAACGUGGCAAAAUGUGAUUCGCAGAUAGAGAACUCUAUUUGUCAAGGAAUCCCGAAACAACCAAUCAGAAGCCUGCGUUUGUCUACCUAAAACAACCAAUCAGAUGACUGCGCUUGUCUAUAAUAAUGUAGUUGAAAUAUGUAUAAAUACGUGUUGAUUUU